UGCAUGUUAAACAGUGCUAUAAAAAGAUAGAUUCAAAUCAUACUUUGCAAUGUAUUUAUAGCACAGUGCCAUUAACUUAUAAUUUUCCACACAAAAUCUUGAACUAACUUGAAAAAUAUUCAAGUUGGAAUAAUGCCUCAUGACAAUUUGAGAGAUCAGUGCUUAGCUUCUAAAUCAUUGCCUGGAGACAAUGAUGAUGGCAAAGAGCUGGAGGCUGCUCAUGUGUAUCUGCUGCUCAAGAAAGACCUCCGCAUUUCUCGGAAUGUUCGAGCAGAGUGGUACCUGGAACAUCUCAAUACGGUCAUCAGAGUGCCACGCUGCACUUCAAUUCAUGAUCUCACUGAGGAACUCAAUGUGAUGUCUGCUGAGCCCUUUGAUCCUCCUGCUGAUUUUGACAGUGAUACAGCUCAUGAAUACAGGUUUCGUAUCACACGACGGACUGAGGUGCACUGCUUGUCUCGCAAGUACCGGCUUGUGUACGGGCUAGACUUGUCCCCUUCGAUGUGCCGGGUCAUCCUUGGAAAUGAUGGACGGGCACAUGUUUUGCUUGACAAAGUGCACACUGCUUUGAAGAAUGCAAUUAAAGGAGUUUUGCAGCCUUUUCUUGUGCCUGGUUAG